CCGAGUGAAAACUGAGAUAGUGAGGAAAAAGCGACGGGAGGAGAGACCAUGGAGGGAGGAAGCUGGAUGUAUUAGCUAGUUUGCCACUUUUGGACACUUUUUCCUUCUUUCGUUUUCGCCUACACUUAAAAAAGGCGCUUCGAUGUAGCUAUAUCCCGUGUGUGAUUUAUGCGCUGGGAAAACGUCGUAAAUCUCCCGAACGUUCUAACGUCCAACGUCUGACGGUUAACAGUUAGCACGACCCGACGAAAGUUAGCCUGCUCCGGCUAACUUAGCCCGUCUCGGCUAGGUAGAACGGACAAAAAACAAAGCCAGUCGAUAAGGAGUUAAGGCUAAAGUUACUCGUAAUGUUGCCUCUCGGGAUUAACUUUAGAUACGGAUGAGAAAGAAUUCGGUGACUUGGGAGCAACGAGAACAACCGAGAGCCAGACGACCACUGCUAUGUUGGGGUUGAUUCACGGCUCUGGCAGCCCGCCUGAGUCCCGAGGUUGGCCACACUCGGUGCUGUGGAGGCUCGGGGGCUUCUUCUUCCUCCUGCUGCUGGAGGGUGCAUGCUGUCUGGCCAGUCCGAGUAACCCUUCAGGCGUCAACAACAACAACCAGCCCAGUGUCAACAUAUACAUGAGUGUGGAGGAGGUGAAGAAGCUUUUGGGCCUUGAUGCAGAGCUCUAUUAUGUGCGGGACAAUGUGGUGAAUCACUACGCUCUCUCCUUCACCCUGCCAGUGCCCAGUGAGACCAACAGCCUUCACUUCACAUGGCAUUCCAAGACAAAGGUUGACUACCGGCUUGGCUUCCACAUAGAGAACCCAAUUGCCAUGAACCAACCACGGACCAACAUCUCCAUCCAGGGGGAGGUGCCCCGUGUUCCUUCUGUCUUUAGAGUGGACCUCUUCUGUUCCGGCAAGGUGGAUGGAGAGGCUGUCAUAACUGUGCAGCUCAAUCUGACCAUACAUGCCAACAACUACACAGUGCUCAACUUCAAGAGGAGGAAAAUGUGCUAUAAAAAGCCUGACCCCAAGAUUGCCAUUCCCCCCAACAGUACACGGCCUGAAUUUACAGCGGGUGAGACAACCCCCACCACAUCCACCCAGGUGUUUUAUAUAAGUGUGAGCGUCUGCUGCAUCGUCAUCUUCCUGGUGGCCAUCAUCCUGGCCAUCCUGCACCUGCACAGCAUGAAGAGAGUAGAGAUGGAGGACAGUGUGAGUGACAGUGGAAGCUCGCAGGGCCUGUCCCAGCCGUCCACUCAGACCACACAGUACCUGAGGGCCGACACUCCAAACAAUGCAGCUCCCGUCACCAACAAUCACUCUGGUUCUGCACCCAUCCUCCAGCUUGCUGCCUCCUCCUUCCAAAAUCCUGGUGCUCCCCCUCAUGAAACCAAAACUUAUCCAUCUCUGCGUAUAGAAAAGAAUGACCUGAGGAGUGUAACUUUAAUGGAGGCUAAAGCCAAAGUGAAAGACAUCGCCAUAUCAAGAGAACGAGUCACUCUACGAGAUGUCUUACAUGAAGGCACCUUUGGCCGCAUCUUCCACGGCAUACUGCUGGACGAAAAGGACCCCAGUAAGGAGAAGCAGGUCUUUGUGAAGACCGUGAAAGAUCAUGCAUCUGAGGUGCAGGUGACCAUGAUGUUGACUGAAAGUUGCAAGCUUCGAGGACUUCAUCAUAGAAACCUUCUGCCUAUAAGUCAUGUGUGCACAGAGGAGGGAGAGAAGCCAAUGGUACUCUUGCCCUUCAUGGCUUGGGGGAAUCUCAAGCUGUUCCUGCGACAGUGCAAGCUAGCUGAGGCUAACAACCCACAGGCAAUCUCUCAACAGGACUUGGUUUAUAUGGCCAUCCAGAUUGCAUGUGGAAUGAGCUACCUGGCUCGAAGAGAGGUCAUACACAAAGACCUUGCUGCCAGGAACUGUGUCAUUGACGACAACAUGCAAGUGAAGAUCACAGACAAUGCCCUUGCCCGGGACCUUUUUCCCAUGGAUUACCACUGUCUGGGGGAUAAUGAGAAUCGACCAGUCCGUUGGAUGGCUCUAGAAAGCUUGCUCAACAAUGACUUCUCUAGUGCCAGUGACGUGUGGGCGUUUGGAGUGACACUGUGGGAGCUGAUGACUCUGGGACAGACCCCUUAUGUCGACAUCGACCCCUUUGAGAUGUCAGCCUACCUGAAGGAUGGGUACCGAAUAGCACAACCAAUUAACUGUCCAGAUGAGCUGUUUGCAGUAAUGGCAUGUUGCUGGGCACUGGACCCUGAGGAGAGGCCAAAGUUUCAGCAGCUCGUUCAGUGUCUCACAGAGUUUCACGCAGCGUUGGGCGCUUAUGUCUGAAAACGAGCUGAUUUAUUCCUCAAGAGCAGCGUCACUAAAAGCUGAUGGACACUAUUCAUAAGGAAAACACGUAUGAAAAUGUGCCUUAUUCAAUGAAAGAGCAGACUUAAGCUGAUGAUUUCAUUUUGUACAGUACUUUUUUUGAGUUUUUAUAUAGUUGAAUUACCUUUUUACAGCAUAGCAAUGUAAAAGGAUUCUGUGUUGAAUAUUGUGUCGUAUGCUUUGAAAGCGACUAGACAUUGCUCUUCUUCUGCCAAGAGGACAGAAACGAUGGAAACGUGUCCUCAUCUGUACAGCACAUCAGCAUUUACAGACAUUUAUGUGCCAUUGGACACCUUUUAAAGGACAAUUUAGGCUUCACCACCUGGUUUUACAGACAGUAUUUUUACAGUUUUGUAACAUAGUAAGUUGUAGAUGUAAUUUGGAGGACAGUAACCCUGGAGCAAAAAGAUUAAGGUACCGAACUUAGACUUUAAAGCUUCUUUUGUUUAUAUAAUUAGAACCCCAAACAUUUUUCCUCACUCUGCUACAGUAAGCUCAAGUUUGGUACGACAAGCCCUUUUGGAGAUGGGGAUUUAUUUGAUGAUUUCUGAAACCUUAUCACUCGGUACUCUGUUUCCAAAAACAACGUUAUGGAUCUGUUCUCCUCUAUUUGUGAACUGGGUGCACGGACGCCAAAGCUUGAACAAAAUCUUCCUGUUUGAACAACCAGAGUGACUUUUGGACGCUGUAUUUGGAAUGUCACCUCUUUUGUAUAUUUUUGUUUCCACUAUUACACCCUCCAAACAGGAUUAUAAAUACGUUUUCAUCUUAAGGCUUGAUUGUUCUGUGUCAGAACACAUGGCCCUUCACAGGACGGAUUUUUUUUUGUGAAACUCUCACUCAUCACUGUGAACACACAAAAACGUCAUACCAGCUAAAACUAAUCUUACCCUCACACCUUUAACAUCUUUGUGAUGUGUCUUUAUGGUCACUGCAUGUUGAAUUAAGGUUGUAAAGUGCUUCCCCGAUUCAUAUCCACAAAUUAAAUGGGAUCUUUUAAGUA